CCUGGUGAUUGUCUUGCAGACUCAGCCGAGGUGAUUCAGUCACGACUCAACGAGCAGGAGGCCCGGGAGGAAUACUAUGUGCACUAUGUCGGAUUCAACCGGCGCCUGGAUGAAUGGGUAGAUAAGAACCGGCUGGCCCUCACCAAGACAGUCAAAGAUGCAGUGCAGAAGAACACAGACCAGUACAUGAACGAGCUGUCAGAGCAACCCGAGCGUAAGAUCACCCGCAACCAGAAGCGCAAACAUGACGAGAUCAACCAUGUUCAGAAGACCUACGCAGAGAUGGAUCCCACCACAGCUGCCCUGGAGAAGGAGCAUGAGGCGAUCACCAAGGUGAAAUACGUAGAUAAGAUCCACAUUGGCCACUAUGAGAUCGAUGCCUGGUAUUUCUCCCCCUUCCCGGAGGAUUAUGGGAAGCAGCCCAAGCUGUGGAUCUGCGAGUACUGUCUGAAAUACAUGAAGUUCGAGAAGAGCUACAGGUACCACCUAGGCCAAUGCCAGUGGAGACAGCCACCAGGGAAGGAGAUCUACAGGAAGAACAACAUCUCGGUCUAUGAAGUGGAUGGCAAAGAUCACAAGAUUUACUGCCAGAACCUGUGUCUUCUGGCCAAGCUCUUCCUAGACCACAAGACUCUCUACUUCGACGUGGAGCCCUUCGUCUUCUACAUCCUCACCGAGGUCGACAGGCAGGGAGCCCACAUCGUCGGCUACUUCUCCAAGGAGAAGGAGUCUCCGGAUGGGAACAACGUGGCCUGUAUCCUCACCCUGCCCCCCUACCAGAGACGGGGCUAUGGCAAGUUUCUCAUCGCGUUCAGCUAUGAGCUGUCUAAGCUGGAAAGCACGGUGGGCUCCCCAGAGAAGCCCCUCUCGGACCUGGGCAAGCUGAGCUACCGGAGCUACUGGUCCUGGGUGCUGCUGGAGAUCCUGAGGGACUUCCGAGGGACCCUGUCCAUUAAAGACCUCAGCCAGAUGACCAGCAUCACUCAGAACGACAUCAUCAGCACGCUGCAGUCCCUCAACAUGGUGAAAUACUGGAAGGGGCAGCACGUCAUCUGCGUCACGCCCAAGCUGGUGGAGGAACAUCUGAAGAGCGCCCAGUACAAGAAGCCUCCCAUCACAGUGGAUUCCAUCUGUCUCAAGUGGGCGCCCCCCAAGCACAAGCAGGCCAAGAUGUCCAAGAAGUGACAGGCUCGUGGGAUACAGGGGCCAAGCAGCCCCUCCAUUGGGUGAGGCUCUGCGCCCCACCUGACUGCAGAGCACCGGAUGCGACCCCGGCUGCGUGACCCAGCCGCCUGCGUGUUGGGGUUGGCGGCCUGGCCUGCAGCACCUCAAUUCCCUUGGAGCAUGGCAGCGUGGGAUAGAGCCAUGGCUGAGCUUUUCCUGCCCUGGGCAGGUGGUACCCUGGACUGUCAAUCUGGGGAUGCCGCCUUGGAGAAAGGGUGGGGGUGCGCUGCUCCGGCAGAGCGGAUGCCACGUGUGCCCGGCAGCAGCGUGGGGUUCCCUCCUCACAUACAGUCGGCCUCUCUGGGGGCUGGGGCCCAGCAUGGCGUAGCCCCGCCUUUCUGGUCCCCCAUACGGGGCUGAUAUACUGGAGAAAGAGCCUGUUCUAGGCAUGCCUUGAUGGGGCACCUCCCCCAGCACCUCAGCUGGGUCCCCCUCAAACUUCCUUGCAUGGGCUGCUUCCUGCCCCGGGAGCCUGGGACCUGCCCUCCAACCCCCUUCUCCACUGCUGGACUCACUCCCGGCGAAGGUUUGUGUUUCCCCACUGCUUGGAGCUGCCUUUUCCUGGGGUCUGCU